AUGAUUGCCUCCACUCUCCAGAUGAUCACAGUGAUGAAGUGGAUGCUCUUCUUGUCACUCCUCCUCCUGCUCGGCCUCCUGAGUGAGUUCGUCUUCAGCAGAACUCUGCAGUUCGACAGCUGCACCGUCAGCGUCCACACGCAAGAACUUCGCAGACAUUACACAGAAAUACGAUCGCAAGCGAUUUCUGGGGACACUGAGAUUGGUGUGAUGAUGCUGGACAGAUCAACGAUGACAAAUAUUCAGAGUGGUCAGACAUGCUGUUAUUUGCGCCUGCUCCUGCGCUUCUAUGUGGAGAAAGUGUUCCGGAAUUUCGCCACCUCACAGCCAGAGGAGCUGAAACGUUGCUCCAGCGCUCUGGCCAAUGCUUUUGUCACCGUGAGAAGGAAUAUAAACAGAUGUAACUGUCUCUGCGAUGAGGACACACAAAGAGCCAUCGACUCUCUCAACACUGAAUUUGACAAGCUGUCAAUCAACAAGGCGGCCCAGAAGGCCGUAGCGGAGAUGGACACACUACUGGACUGGCUGGAUGACCUGGAGGGGAAGACAACAGUGACUGAUCAACCCCUGACAUGACAGCGCAGACACAUCGUCAUUGACAUUUCUUUAUUUUUUUGUACUUGAAUUAACUUAAUGUUUUUAUACAUAGAGCAACUCUAUUUUUCUACCCUUUAUUUAAUAUGUUGCUAUGUACCAUUGACAAGAAUAUUUUACUUCAGUGAGGAAUAUGUGCUUUCCCCCGUGGCUGAUUAUUUACGUUCUGGGCAGUUGAUCCAAGAUCAGUACGUUUUAUUGUUUGUUUAUUUGUAUGCAAUACAACACAAAUAUGGGCCGCACGGUGAUGUAGUGGUUAGCAUGUUGGCCACACAGUUUGAAUCUCCGUUGGGCAUUUCUGUGUGGAGUUUGCAUGUU